GGGCUAUUGUUGGGGUGUUUAACAGCAAGUACAUAUUCCUGAUGUUUUUCAGUGAGGAGCAACUUCAGAGGCAUGAUGAGUUUCUAUCCAGCUUCCCAAGACCAGACCGAAAAGUCAACUUCGCUGAGGGCUAUCUUUCUCAUGCUAUGCAUCAAAAGACGCUGCUUUACCUGACUUCAGCUUUAUCAUCAACAAGGCUGAAAGAUACACGGAGGAUAUACUCUGGCAUGUUCAGACUCUUCAAGUGCAAAGUGGAAAAGAAGCUGGAACAUUUGACAAGAAAGCACAUGAUAGCUGCCACAGAUUACUUAAUGUAUGUAGGGGUAAAAGAAGCUAUCGUAUUCAUUCUGAUGAAUGUGAUGAACAAGACGUAUGAAGAAGUGAACCUGGAAUGCAUGUCGACAGAAUUUGAUGCCAGCCAAGUUCCCGGGAGAGGAGUGCACAUCACUGUUGAUGACGAAUGACAAUAUCUUCAUGGACUAUAAAAUGUGGGGAUAUGGUGAACGCCUCGUAUGUGUCUUUAAGUGUCAAUCCCUACGUCAAUGCAUCAUCUAUCAUCAUCUUUGCAGGGCAAAAUUAAACAAAACAAAUUCAAUAUUUAAAAAAAAAAUGUUGUCAAAG